AUGCCCUUGUCUCACAGACACAAGCGCUCGCGUAGCUCCUUAGCACUCUCUCUUCUGCAUCGCGACAAAUCCCGCGGCGAAGAGAAGAGCGGAGACGACAACACCGACACCAACUCGGUCGCAUCAGCCUCGACGAAUGGCUCCUCUCGAUUGACGCAUGCCCGCAGUCUAAGUCGUCACAAUUCCCGCAAACCGCCCAACGACACGAGUCCAUCCCCCGCGAACCCCUCAAUCCCCGAGAUAGGCCCCGUGGACCCAGACCCAAACACACCGAUCGUGGACGAUAUGGAUUCCGCGCCGCAGGUGGUAGAAACAGGCAGCAUGUCCCUGGACCAGUCGGUGCGAACAUUCCGACUGUUUGAGAUCCUGCGCAGCGGAGACACCACUGCCAUCGGCAAGGUGAUUCAGGAAUCCAAGGAUCCCCAAGUGGCAAACAACUUGUACGGAACGACCAUAUUGCAUCUGGCUCUGCAGUGCGCUGAACCCCAGAUCGUGGAGUAUGUUUUAUCCGAGGGUAAUGGGUUGGAUAUCAACGCUCGCGAUCGUGAAGGAAAUACUCCGCUGCACUUGGCGGCUCAACUGGGUCGUGUCUCACUUGUGCGCGACCUCUUGAAUAAACCCGAGAUCAAUGAUGCGAUUUUCAACUACCGAGGCCAGACACCCCUUGACGUUGCGCGCAGCCCGGAGAUCUUCCAGCAACUGCAACUGGCUCGUUCCCUGUUCAUCGAUACCAAGACCCAGGAAAUCCAGAGCAUGAUCAGCAACAAGGACUAUGAGGAUUUAGAGAAAUUGCUAGAAGAGCCCCGCGCGGAGGGCAUUUUAGAUGUCAACAGCUUGGAGUUGGUCACUGAGAGAGCUACCGUUCAAUCGGGCGGUACUUUGUUACACGAGGGGGCUCGGAAUAAGGACGCACAGCUCAUUCAGAUCCUUCUAACUCAUGGAGCUGAUCCGUUCCGUCGCGAUAAGAAGGGAAAGCUUCCUCAGGAUGUCACCAAGGACGACAAGACGCGGGCACUUCUGAAGAAGUCGCCCGCUGCUGUUAUUGCGCAGCGUGGUAUCCAAGAGAAAGCUAUUCUUGGAAACAAUAGUGCCCAAGGCUUGUCUGGUCGCGCCUCUAUCGGGGAAGCACCUUUGGCCGGUAAAGAUGCGCGUGAAAUGAGGGGUUAUCUUAAGAAGUGGACUAACUACACGAGUGGCUACAAGCUGCGGUGGUUCGUACUUGAAGAUGGUGUCUUGAGCUACUACAAGCAUCAAGACGAUGCCGGUGCCGCUUGCCGUGGUGCCAUAAACAUGAGAAUUGCUAGACUCAACAUGGAUGCGCAGGAUAAAACUCGGUUCGAAAUUCACGGCAAAUCGUCUGUCAAGUAUCAUUUGAAGGCAAACCAUGUUGUGGAGGCGAAGCGCUGGUUCUGGUCUCUGAACAACGCCAUCCAAUGGGCCAAGGACGAAGCCAAGGAAGAAGAACGACAGCGAUCCAAGGACGCGGAAGCCCUCCGUCAGGCUAAGAUAGAUCAGAACACCGGAGAAACACCCUCCGAGUCUGGUCUAAGCCGAAGAACGAGUGGCAGGGGACCUCCAGCGUCGUCUCUCGGAGUGCCCAACAGUGGCCUCAACAGAAUGAGCACAGCCACAUCGCGAACAACCCUUGAAACCUCCCUCGCCGAGGAAGAGGGCUCGGUCUAUGGCUCAGUUGACCAAGAUAACGCGCCUAACGAAGUGAAUCGCGUGAUCAGUCACAUGUCCACUGUCCCUGAUGGAGAGGGUUAUGACGAAGACUACAAUGACUAUGAUUCAAGCCACGAGAUGCCCUCUAAUGAUAAAGAUGCACUUAACAUUACUGCACAGUCUGCGAAAUUGCAGUUAGAUCUCCUUUCUCAUGUCGCCGCUUCGCUUCAAGCGGAACGAUCCAAGAACCCAGAAAUGUCUAUUGCCGACCCUACUGUUGACAAGGCUCUCUCCGCCUAUGAAGGGGCUGUUAGCAGUCUCAAGGGGCUCAUCCAGAAUCUUCUCAAGAUUUCACGGGACCGGGACUCUUAUUGGCAAUAUCGUCUAAAUCGCGAGGAAUACCUCCGCCAUAUGUGGGAGGAAAGUAUGGCUCGCGUCGCCCAAGAGCAUGAAGAACUUCAAUCUAAGAUGGGCGAAUCCGAGGAGAAGCGCAAGCGAACUAAGAAGGCCCUGAAGGAGGCGUUGGAGACUGCAACAGCCGCCAGCCGAUCUACCAGCGGCCCGUCCUCAAGGAUUCCCACCGAAAAUACUAGUGAUGUGGAAAAAAGCCAGUCAGACAUCCGCGAAGCUGAACCGGUAUCCGAGGAGAGCCAACCGACUCAGCUUACAGGAGAAGAUGCCGUUACCCGCCGACCCUCUGCACUUUCUCGUAUUAGCAGUUUGUACGACUCUGAAUCGGACGGUGAUGAAUUCUUCGAUGCCAUUGAUGCUGGCGAGAUCGAAGUAGAGGAAUUCAGUCAAGCCAAUGAGAAUAAGGAGCCCGAGGAACCUGAGGAUGAAAGUGCUCAAGCUAAAGCUAGAAAUGAGAAAUCUGUCGUGAUCAAGCCCUCUUUCAAGGGCUACGAAGAUCCCGUGAGGCAGAGACUCAAGAUGGAUAAUGAUAACAGGCCAAAAAUUGGUCUUUGGGGUAUUUUGAAAUCUAUGAUUGGCAAGGACAUGACGAAGAUGACUUUACCUGUGUCUUUCAACGAGCCCACUUCAUUACUUCAACGAGUUGCAGAGGAUCUGGAGUACACUGACCUUCUUGAUGUCGCUGCGGAUCGCUCUGACUCAAUGGAACGUUUGUUGUAUGUCGCAUCCUAUGCUGCCAGUGAAUAUGCCUCCACCAUUGGACGUGUGGCCAAGCCAUUCAACCCUCUUCUGGGUGAAACCUUUGAGUAUGUUCGACCCGACAAGGGUUAUCGGUUCUUUGUCGAGCAAGUCAGCCACCACCCUCCAAUUGGUGCGGCGUGGGCCGAAUCUCCCAAGUGGGACUACUGGGGCGAGUCCUCACUCAAGUCUAAAUUCUACGGAAAGUCGUUCGAUAUCAACCUUCUGGGUACUUGGUUCCUCAAGCUACGCCCGUGCACAGGUGGCGAAGAGCUGUAUACCUGGAAGAAGGUUACAUCAUCAGUGAUUGGCAUCAUCACAGGUAACCCAACAGUAGACAACUACGGUUUAAUGGAGAUCAAGAACCACACAACCGGCGAAGUCUGCUAUCUAGACUUCAAGCCUCGCGGAUGGAAAGCAUCCUCCGCCUACCAAGUCACCGGUAAAGUGGUUGACAGCGAAGGAUCCCCGAAAUGGAGCAUCGGCGGACGAUGGAACGAUAAGAUCUACGCUCGACACACACCAGGCUUCGAAGCCCCUGUCUCCGGCCAAGACCCCGAAUCAGCUAAGACACUACUGGUCUGGCAAGCUCACGAGCGUCCAAAGGGCCUCCCAUUCAACCUCACUCCAUUCGUCAUCACUCUCAACGCUAUCCCAGAUAACCUGCGCGCUUGGCUUCCUCCAACCGAUACCCGACUCCGUCCCGACCAACGUGCCAUGGAAGACGGCGAAUAUGACUUCGCCGCAGACGAGAAGCACCGCGUGGAAGAGAAGCAGCGUGCUAAGCGCCGCGAAAGAGAAACUAACGGUGACGUUUACUCUCCCCAAUGGUUUGGUCGAGCUAAAUGCCCCAUUACUGGGGAAGAGUACUGGGAGCAUAAUGGUAAAUACUGGGCUAGCCGAGAUGCACAAGACUGGAGCCUCUCUGAAGAUAUUUUCUAA